GAUAGCUACCUCAUGGUUCAUAGUCCAGCGACGUCGUUUCAAUUUUCUUGUCGUGUUAGGAGCUUGAAGGAAAAGGUAUAUUUUAUCCAAAAUGUCGCGUGUAUUUAUGGGAAGACUUCCAAUGGAUACACGAGAAGUAGAUAUAGAGCGGUUUUUCAGGGGGUACGGACAAAUUCGAGACAUUACUUUGAAGAAGGGCUACGGUUUUGUGGAAUUUGACGAUUACAGAGAUGCAGAAGAUGCUAUCGACGAACUGAAUGGAAAAGAGCUUCUUGGAGAGAGAAUCACUCUAGAGCUUGCAAGAGGUAGAAGGUCUAGUGGUGGUAGAGGUGGAGGAGGAGGAAGAGACAGAGGAGGUCGUAGCAGCUUUGGUUCAGGAGCAAGAAGACCAGUCUGGCUUGAUAAAGCCAGUUAUGGUGGCAGGCAAAAAUAUGGUCCACCAGUAAGAACUGGAUAUGCUGCUGUUGUUGAGAACCUAUCAAGCCGUACUAGUUGGCAGGAUCUCAAGGAUUACUGUCGCAAAGUUGGCAAAGUAACAUAUGCAGAUGCUCACAAACGUAGAGUAGGAGAGGGAAUUGUAGAGUUUUCCAGCCGUGAUGAUCUUCAUGAUGCAAUCACGAAACUUGAUGAUACUGAACUCGGUGGAAGGAGAAUCAGGAUAUACGAGGAAAAACGUCACAGAAGAUCAAGAUCAUACUCAAGAUCUCGCUCAAAAUCUCCACGUCGUAGGUCAAGAUCUCACUCUCGAUCCAGAAGCCACUCUGGCUCCCCAGCCCCUAAAAGAAGAGGGCCAAGCAGAUCUAGAUCUCCUUCAAGGUCCCGCUCCCGCUCACGCACUCCUGUGAAAUCAAGGUCAAGGUCACCUGCUGCUAAUGACAACCAGGACGAUAGUCGUGACACAGACUAAACACUUCUUUCUUUUAUUAUUGUAUUUUAUUAUGUUGUAAUAAGCAGUGGAAAUGUACAGCUUUAUUUUGACCUUUAUUUACACUUAGGUGUAUCAUUCUUUUUGUAAUCAGUUUUUACCAUUUAAAAGUCAUACUGAGUGCAAGUAUGCAAUACUCUUCUUAAGGGAUGUUUAUAUCAAGGCCAGUAGACAGAUUGUUCUUAUUUUGUGUUUUCCAGUACAUAGAACUGGUCCACUUGUUAUGAGCAGUGCAUUUGUCAAACAGCCACCACAAAUGUGAAGUACAAAAUUGUUCUAGUUUUGAGUGGUUUGCACAUUUAUUACACUGGCAUAUUAGACUCUUGGUUAUAUUGAUAACUUUUAGAUAAAUGCCAUGAUAAGAACUUUGUUUUGAUGAUUAGAGCAAUGCACUUAAUUUGUGACAUUUUCCAUUAGUAAUGAUGUUCAAUAGUAACAAUGUCGGUAUUUUCCACACACAAAAAAUACCRACCGUACAAAUUUUGUGUUACUUURAUUUUGUACAAUUUCACAGAUUAAAUGCAUUCCUUCUACAGAAUUUUGACUUAAUUCUUCUAAACUUUGAAUAUGUACAUUUAUAAUUCUUUAGAAUUAACACUUUAGUUUAAUUUUGCACUCAUAGUAAAGGAUUCUUAUAAAUAAUGCUCUAACAAAAAUAUUUCCUCUGUUGCCCUUGUAUUCAUUUCUGUUUCUAGAUGUUUAUAACGUAUGUAGAGAAGGCCCUGCCUUUAAUUAUUGCACUUUUAUCAUGUAUCCUAAACAAAAAACAGAAAUCACCAAUAAACAUUUACGUGUAUUA